ACCUACGCAGUUCCAUCGUCAGAUUCAGAAAGCACAAAGCCGCAGCACAAAUUCUCUUUCGAAUAUUGGAGGAGAGAGAAACUGAACGCCCUCUCGCUCUAUAGAACAGCCAUCGCCACUAACAUCUGCGAUUCUUGACUUUUGAAGCUCUAUUCCUUCUCGUUCCCGAUUUUGGACAUUCAAGGAAGCCAUGUCGUACGCAUCUCGUGUUUUGUCUCACUCUAAAAAGCUGACAGUUCGUGGCUUUUCAAGUAGCAUAAGCACUUCCAUUGUAGGAACAAGGAGAACUGAAGUUUGUAGGACGAACACUGGAUUCAUUUCAAAAGUUGAUAAUCCCAAAAAUUGUUACACAGAAUCAAAUAUUGUCCUUUUCAAGGUCCGAUCUUUUGGAACACAUGGGUUGAGCAUGUUGAAGACAUCAAUGAAGAUGGGAACCCAAGUUAUGGGCUCAGUGUCCCAAGAAGGUUAUUCUUGCUCACAAGUCACAAGGAGAGGCUAUUCCUCAAAUUCAGAUCUUCCUCCUCACCAAGAGAUUGGGAUGCCUUCACUAUCACCAACAAUGACAGAGGGGAAUGUUGCUAGGUGGUUGAAAAAGGAAGGUGACAAGGUCUCUCCUGGUGAAGUUCUUUGCGAAAUUGAAACGGAUAAAGCCACUGUUGAGAUGGAGUGCAUGGAGGAAGGUUAUCUUGCAAAGAUUGUAAAAGGUGAUGGAGCCAAAGAGAUCCAAGUUGGUGGAAUAAUCGCCAUAACUGUAGAAGAGGAGGAGCACAUUGCUAAAUUCAAAGAUUAUAGUCCUUCGGAAUCUGACGCUGCUCCUGCUCCUGUUCCUGCCCCUAAACCAGCAACUGAUUCUGCCUCACCAAAAGAACAGAAGAUUGAAGAACCAAAGGUUGCCAAAACCAGUUCAGCUCCUCCUACUGAUGAUCGCAUAUUUGCUAGUCCUCUUGCACGGAAACUAGCAGAAGACAAUAAAGUGGAUCUUUCAAGUGUCAAGGGAACAGGUCCUGAUGGACGUGUAGUCAAAGCUGAUAUUGAAGAGUACUUGGCUUCUCGAGGUAAGGAAGCUCCAAAGGUGGGCCCCAAGGCUGGCACUACUGCCGCAGAUUACACAGAUCUCCCUGUUUCUCAAAUAAGAAAGAUCACAGCUUCGCGGUUGCUGCAGUCGAAACAAACCAUUCCCCAUUAUUAUUUGACUGUAGAUACUUGUGUCGAUAAGCUGAUGAACUUGCGGAGCCACCUGAACACUCUGCAGGAAGCUUCAGGUGGAAAGAGAAUAUCAGUUAAUGACCUAGUAAUCAAGGCUGCUGCUCUGGCUCUUCGAAAAGUUCCUCAAUGCAAUAGUUCAUGGACAAAUGAUUAUAUCCGCCAGUAUCAUAAUGUUAAUAUCAAUGUAGCCGUCCAGACAGAAAAUGGAUUGUUUGUUCCUGUGAUCAAGGAUGCUGACAAGAAAGGCCUGUCUAAGAUUUCUGAGGAGGUCAAACAAUUGGCACAGAAAGCAAAAGAUAACAGUUUGAAGCCCGAAGAUUAUGAGGGAGGAACUUUUACUGUGUCGAAUUUGGGAGGUCCUUUCGGUGUCAAACAAUUUUGUGCAAUUAUCAAUCCACCCCAAGCCGGUAUUCUUGCAGUUGGUUCUGCGGAAAAGCGAGUUGUACCCGGUUCAGGCACUGAGGAAUUCAAGUUUGCCAGCUUCAUGGCUAUAACAUUAAGCUGUGAUCAUCGCGUUAUCGAUGGUGCAAUUGGUGCGGAAUGGCUGAAGGCAUUCAAAGGCUAUAUUGAGAACCCCGAAACAAUGUUGCUAUAAGUUAAGUGAAUUUUUUCUUACUUUGAGGUUCAACGCUCUAAGUUAAGUGACGUUUCUCAAUUUUUCUUACUUACGGAAUCAACCCGAAUUCUUAAACAUGAGCAAAACCCCUCUUUUUUUUGGGUUGGGGUUCCCAAUCAAUAAUAAUAGGGGCAAGAGGUGUCUGGUAAUUUUGUUAAUAAAUGGGCAUAUUAUUUGCGAUUAAUUUGUUCGCUAAACGAGUACAUAAAAACCCCUCCCCCAUUCUGUUUGUAUUUCAUUUGAUUGAAAUACUUUUGAUCCAAAAGUAUUUAGCAAUUCAGUUUCAUUUCACCAGCAAA